CUGCGUGACCUAUUGGCGCGGCUGAGGGAGAGUUUGCUGGCGGAGAGGGCCGCAGGAACCCAUGGGGCUGGAUCCGCGCUCACCCCACAAGGCGGGGCGUCGGUUCCCAGCUGGCGGCAAGCGAGGUCGAGGGGCCAAAGUGUCGGGGCGCCCACCUCCAGGCCGCGAGCGGCAGCCCUCCCGGCCACCAGACGGACGCUCAGACGCGGCCCUGGAUGCACCCCCUCACCUCAGCCCCGAAGCUUUGGGGUAUUUCCGCCGGGCACUCUCGGCGCUGAAAGAAGCUCCAGAGACCGGAGAAGAGAGAGAGCUGAUGGUACGCAAUGUUUUGAAGGAAGUGGAGACUCAGGCCCUAGCCUUGGCCACAAACAGGACUGGCAGUGAGAUGUUGCAGGAACUGUUGGGGUUCAGUCCUCAGAAACCGCUGUGUCGAAUAUGGGUUGCUCUGCGUUCCAAGUUGCGCUUGGUAGCUUGUCAUCGAUGUGGGGUCCAUGUACUGCAAAGUGCUUUGCUGCAGCUACCUCGAUUGCUGGGGAGCUCUGCAGAGGAUGAGGAGACAGUGGUGGAAGAUGAAGGGAAGGAUGGUCCCUUGGAUACUCUGGAGGAGCUGGUCCUGGGACUAGCCUCUGAGGUGUGUGAUAAUUUUCAUUUCUACUGUGGAGACACACACGGCAGCUUCGUGGUCAGAACUCUGCUGCAAGUGUUAGGAGGGACUCUUCUGGAGUCUGAAAGAGCCAGGCAUCGUGCCUCCCAGUCAUCUGAAGCACAAAAAGCCCUAGUUCGGGAAUGUAAGCCAACUGAUUUUGAGGUCCCUGAAACCUUCUUGAAUUGUCUUCGGGAUCUGUGUUCCUGCUUUCUGAAAAACAUUGCUGUAUUUGUCACUGACAAAAUCUCCAGUUUCUGCCUUCAAGUGGCCUUGCAGAUCUUACGCAGAAAACUGCCCCAGUUUUGUGCCCAUCUCUGCAAUGCUGUGAUUAGCUAUCUGAGUAGCCGCAACUCCUCAGCAGAUGGCAGCCCUCUACUGCUCUUUUUGCGGGAUCAGACGAGCUCCAGACUCCUGGAGCAGGUUCUUCUGGUGCUGGAGCCCCGGAAACUCCAGAGCCUCUUUGAGGAUCACUUCCAAGGGCAGUUGCAGACCCUGGCUGCGCAUUCUAUUGCCAACUUCCCUUUGCAGCGUUUACUGGAUGCAGUUACUACCCCUGAGCUGCUGUCCCCCAUGUUUGAGGAGCUGGGCCCGGCACUGGAAGCUGUGCUGGCCCAGGGUCACACCGGAGUCGUCAUUGCCCUGGUAGGGGCCUGCCGCAGAGUUGGGGCCCACCAAGCACAGGUGCUGCAGCUGUUGUUGGAGGCGUUCCACUGUGCAGAGCCCUCCUCCCGGCAGGUGGCCUGUGUGCCUCUCUUUGCCACUUUGACGGCUUACGAAGUAUACUAUGGACUGGAGGAGGAGGAGGGGGCCCUGCCUGCGGAGCACCAGGUGGAGAUGGCUGCAGAGAGGGCCCUGGGGGAAGUGACAGUUCUUGGGUCUCUACUGCUGCAGCAUCUGCUACAUUUCUCCGCUCCUGUUCUUGUGCUUCGAAGUCUGAGUGCCUUGACAGGACCACAGCUUCUGACUCUGGCCCAAAGCCCUGCGGGUUCCCAUGUGCUUGAUGCCGUCCUGACGAGCCCCUCUGUGACGCGCAAGCAGUGCCGCCGCGUGUUGAAGACGCUGAAGGGACAGUAUGUGGCUCUGGCCUGUAGUCGCCAUGGCAGCCGUGUGCUCGAUGCCAUCUGGAGUGGAGCAGCCUUGGGGACCAGGAAAGAAAUUGCUGCUGAAUUGGGUGAGCGGAACCAGGAGCUGCUAAGAGACCCUUUUGGCCACCAUGUGGCUCGAAAUGUGGCCCUGACUACCUUCCUGAAGCGAAGAGCAGCCUGGGAACAGCAGCAGGGGGCAGUGGCCAAGCGGAGGCGGGCUUUGAGCUCAAUACUUGAAGACUGAAGCCUUUGGAUAUGGGACUGGGUGUUGAUGGGGAGAGGGAAGGGAGUCUCUCUCUUGUUCCUUUUCUUAAUUUAAAUUGCAGUCAAAAGUCUUA